AUGGCGCUUUUCGAGCACGUGAAUUUAGUCUAUGGAACCGUCAGUGAAUUCUGCACGAUGAGUGGUUGCCCUGAUAUGACAGGACCAGGAACGAGGACAUAUUUGUGGUUUGAUGAGAAAGGAAAGAAAACCAAAGUCCCUGCUCCUCAAUAUAUAGAUUUUGUGAUGACAUUUAUCCAACGAAGUGUUGCUGAUGAAGCUGUGUUUCCCACCAAAUACGGAAGAGAUUUUCCCACAUCGUUUGAGGUGAUCUGUCGCAAAAUCCUUCGGCUGCUGUUCCAUGUUGUGGCGCACCUGUACGCUGCCCACUUCCGUGAGGUGGCCCUGCUCGGCCUGCACGCCCACCUCAAUCUGACGUUUGCGCAUCUCACGGCGUUGCACAGGCGAUUCAGUCUAAUUGAAGCCAAAGAAACCGAAGUGCUGCGCGACUUAGAACUCGCCCUACGACUAUCAGAAGACGCCAAUUCAACGCCCAACAAUAGUAGCGCGGCCACCACCAGCAACGACACACAUGCUGCCGUUGGUGAUGGCGUGUGUUCGAAUCAAAAGUCAGGAACGUCGUCGACAACCGCUUCUCUGACGUGCAUCAAUGCCACCUGGGAUGGACACCAUCCUGCUUCGGGAGAUGAUGUCGUUUCUAAUGAAAGAUCGAACAGUGAUGAUUGUCCGACUUCUGCAUAGUAGCAGGCUGAUGGGUUGCGACAGCUGAUUAACAUCAUUGCUAAUUCGGCAGAAUGUUGUGGACAUUUUCGUAUCGCCUGAGAAAUUUUCUGUGUGGUCUCACUAAAGAUAUAAAUCAAAAUCAUAUAGCAGUUUCAUUAAAACAAUAAGUGAUUUGUUACAUUAUACAGGAUAAAAGAUGGACUGAUGAAUUGGUACAAUUUGUUGUACAAUUACUAAGGUACUAGUUACCUUAAUUUGAUAUAUUGAGGUUGUUUUUAAUUUUCAUUUGUAUGUAGUAUUUAUUUAAAAAUCUUUGAUAGUGUACAAGAGUGGCAGAGUUAAUUUUAGUUUAGUGGACUGGUUUUGUUGCUAGACAUAUUAGUGGAGAUAAUUGAUUUUAUUAGUAUAUCGAAUUUUAUUUAGCAAAUUAACAAUUAGUAGUUUUAAAAUAAAAACAUAUUUUAUAACAUUAGAUUUGCUGCUGUACAAAAAACCGUGAUGAUAUAUACCUUAAAUUCAUCAAAUAUGUUUGGCAACAAUAUUUCGAUUUUAAUGUUAUAUUUUAUCUCACAAUUUUUUAAUGACCAGUGAUGCACUCGGGACUGGAGGUCUGUGAUCAUGUCAAUGUUUGAAUUUAAAAAAUAUGUAACACAAGUCUUGUUUGUAUCAUUGUAAUUUGUAUAUAGUUUAUUUAAUUUUCUAAAACUAAUUAAUUUUAUAAUAACUCCUCAUUAAAGUAUUCAAUCUAGCUUUCUAAUAAUAAAUGCCUAGUAUUGUUUUCAUUUGUCUUGUAAAUUAUGUUUAUUAUAGCUGGCAUUGUGAUUUUCCUUAAUUUUCUUGUUUGUUGACUUAGUUUGUAUAUUUUAGUUGAGAGAUAAUUGAUAAAAGUACUAAACACGCUAGUAAAAUAAAUUUAUUAGAGGUUUAUGAAGAUAGUUAU